AUGGAUCAGAAGUCCUCAAAUCCACCGGUUGUACAACGUGUUCAGACUGUUCCAGCCGAGCCUGGCUCCAGAUAUUAUGUUGGGGGAAGGGUAAGAUACCUUCUACAGCACCUCUAAUUAGAAUGUUAAACCUUCAUAAGACAGCCAUCCGAUUUUUUAACGCUUAUCGUUAUAAAAUUUGUAGCAAAUUGCUGUUCCUCAACGUCGAAUCGUCCCCACAACUCAAGUAAUCACUCAACGACAUCCCCAAUUCCAACACGUCGUGGCUCCUCGACCCCAGUCUCGAAUGUUUACUCCUCCACCCGUCUCAAAUCCAGUAAAAUACGUACAAUCAACGGACCCGUCAAGAGCUAGGUAUCCCCGGAAUACCGAUAAGAGCCGAGGUCUUCGGCAUUUUAGUAGUCGAGUGUGUGAAAAGGUUAAAGAGAAAGUCCAGACUAAUUACAAUGAAGUAAGAUUUAUUUGUGAUCCGGUUAUUACAAGCUGUUUCCUAUGGUGCUGACCUGACUCGUUUAGGUAGCAGAUGAAUUAGUUACCGAGUAUUUCGAGUCCAUGGCGUAUCCUCCAACAAGUCAUGAGAAGCAGAUGUAUGACUCAAAGAAUAUAAGACGGAGAGUGUACGAUGCUCUGAAUGUAUUGAUGGCCAUGAAUAUCAUUGAGAAGGAGAAGAAAGAAAUUCGAUGGGUGGGUUUACCGACUUCUUCAGUAGCAGAGAGACGACGUUUGGAAGACGAGAGAAAUAAGAGGAAGGAGAGGAUUAGACAAAAGACCGAGCAGAUGAAGGAGUAUAUCAUCCAGGUAGUUAAUUGUUUUAUGUGACUCUCUGUUUAGUUAGUAGCAUACAAAUCCUUGGUUAAUCGAAAUCGGGAAAACGAAAGGAAACUUGGGCGACCGUCAGAACAAUCCAUUUUAUACUUGCCUUUCAUCAUCAUAAAUACGGAACGGAAGACUUAUAUUGAUUGUGCAAUCUCUCAAGACAAGUAAGAAAAGGAUUUAAAGCAAAGUUAUUCUUUAGAACUGAAUACGCAAUGACUUUCGAUCGACCGUUUGAGAUCCACGACGACAUCGAAGUUCUGAAGAGACUGGGUUUGACUUACGGACUUGAGGCCGGAGCUGUUUCAGGAGAGAAGAUCGAAGGAAUUAAAGCUUGCCUGCCUCCUGCCCUAAGGGUGUACGUCGAUUCAAUCAUUGAGGAUAAAAACGAUUGUAAGUUGAAAGAUCCUUAAAAUAAUUCUGUCAGCUCUCGAUAAAAGUUUGGAACAAGAUGAGGAAGAAGAGCCGGAGGAAUUGCAGCAGCCAUUACCCGCACCAUCUCAAAACACGGGUCCAAGUCCAGCUAAGAUCCAAAGAUACGUUGCAAGACCUGUCAAGGAUUCGCCACAAUCUUAUGUCUCCGUCCAAUCAACCAUUCAAAGGCAGUCCGUAGUCAGCUCUAGAUCUCCAACUAUUCAAAGGAGUUAUGUCCAACGACCUCUGACUUCAGUGUCAUCUGUAAGUUAAAAUAAAUCCAAAUCUGAUUUGCUGUUGUGCAUUGCAGAGAUACGUUCAACCAUCACAAAGUGCGUCCUUCCAGGCGGCCACAAGGACACAUGGUCGGCAGGUAUAUGUUGUACAAAGUAGCCCCCAGAAUCAGCGAUAUGUAUACACACGACAUCCAGUUAAUUAUGGAUAUGUAAGUGAAAGGUUUCUCCUGGUUUCAUUUUCCUUAUUUAGAUACAACCGAGCUCUCAAGUGGUCUCGGAACCAGCAACCUUCCAAGAAGAAGAGUUCGACUUUGAGGAGAGUGAGGACGUCUACAAUCAGCCACAAUGA